AUGGACGCGGCCUCCAAACUGCGCAACGGGCCGUAUCGUCCGCAUGGACGCGAGGAGGUUCUUCUUCUUCUUCUUCUUCUUCUUCUUCUUCUUCUUCUUCUCAAUGUCGUCAUCGUCUGUUUUCGUGUUGAUAAAGCAGCUGAAGGGGAGAAUCGGAAGCGCGAACACGAAAAUGUGUCUGAUCUGCGGAGACCAUGUGGGGCUGCGAGACGACGGCGAGCCGUUUGUGGCGUGCUACGCCUGCGGGCUUCCGGUCUGCCGGACCUGUUACGAUUACGAGAGAGCCGAAGGGAACCAUAGCUGUCCCCGCUGCCAGGUCCGAUAUAAGCGUCACGAAGGUCACCUCUCUCUCUCUUCCUCUCUCUUUAGUUUAUCAUACAGCAACAAGAAACGUCGAUAACUUCGUUCUACAACCAGUCAAGAAGAAACCCAUUUUGCAGAAGAACCUGGUCCUAGAUUGAUGAUUAGAUAUUGAAAUCUCGCAGGAUGUCCGAGUGUACCGGGCGAUGAAGAUGACGAUGUCGCCGAUCUCGGCGGCCUCGAUGACGAGUCCCAGACGAAGGCCCACGAGGAUAAUCAGCAGCGCUCUGGUGCUUCUGGGUCGAGCUUUGUUCAACAGGAGAACGAAGAUCACCGGCGACAACAAUGGCAUCCUACGAACCCGGCCUUCCCAUCCUUGCUCGGAAGCGGUGGGUAGAUCUCGACCGUGCCAUCAACCUUACGAAACAACCUCAGACCAUUGACUUCCAUCUCCUCUCGUUCACAGUUGCUGCGUCGGACAGGGAAGUCAACGACGAUAAGGCCACGCACAAUGACACAGAGUGGAAGGCGAGGGUGGGGAAGUGGAGAGCCAGGCAAGAUAGAGGACGAGGGAGCGCGGUCAACCGGGAUGGAAGGGACGACGACGACGACGACGACGAGGGAAAGGAGGAAGAGCGCGUACUGUAGGGUUUCAACUGACGCAGCAAUAUCACCGACUCUUUCCGACUGCUAGCGCUGAUGAUUGCUAAUGCGUGCGCAGAAUGACCGAAGCCCGGCAGCCGCUGUGGCGGAAGGUGCCAAUCCCGGCGAGCAGGAUCAAUCCGUAUAGAAUCGUCGUCGUCCUCCGGCUCGUCGUCCUCGGGUUUUUCCUUCAUUUCCGGGUCACCAAUCCCGCAGAGGACGCCUACCCGCUAUGGCUCGUCUCCGUCGUCUGCGAGAUCUGGUUCGCGCUCUCGUGGAUCCUCGAUCAGUUCCCCAAGUGGUUCCCCAUCAACCGGGAGACCUACCUCGAUCGGCUCUCCCUGCGUUUCGAUCGCGAGGGCGAGCCGAGCCGGCUGGCCGCCGUCGACGUGUUCGUCAGCACCGUCGACCCGCUCAAGGAGCCCCCCAUCAUCACCGCUAACACCGUCCUCUCCGUCCUCGCCGUGGACUACCCCGUGGGGAAGAUCAAUUGCUAUGUCUCCGACGACGGCGCGUCGAUGCUGCUGUUCGACGCACUGUCGGAGACCGCCGAGUUCGCCCGGCUCUGGGUGCCCUUCUGCAAGAAGCACGACAUCGAGCUGAGGGCCCCCGAGUUCUACUUCUCGCAGAAGAUCGACUACCUCAAGGACAAGGUGCAGCCCAGCUUCGUCAGGGACCGCCGCGCCAUGAAGGUGAGCUUCAUGUAUAUCUACAUCUCCGGUGAGCCGCACACACCGCCGCAUGUUUACAUCCCCGAUGGGCGGCGCAGCGGGAGUACGAGGAGUUCAAGGUGAGGAUCAACGCGCUGGUGGCGAAGGCGCAGAAGGUCCCGGAGGAAGGGUGGGUGAUGCAGGACGGCUCACCGUGGCCGGGGAAUAACCCUAGAGACCACCCUGGGAUGAUACAGGUCUACUUGGGGAACCACGGAGCUCUCGACGUGGAGGGCGCAGAGCUCCCUCGCCUGGUCUACGUCUCCCGCGAGAAGCGCCCCGGCUACCACCACCACAAGAAGGCCGGGGCCAUGAACGCUCUGGUACGACCUCCAUUCCACACUUCUCCGUCCUCUGCUCUUCUCUGUCUUACAGCACGAGCAAUGAAGUAAGUGGGUGGCUACUCGGUGACAGGUGAGGGUCUCCGCGGUCCUCACGAACGCCCCCUUCGUGCUGAACCUCGACUGCGACCAUUACAUCAACAACAGCCAGGCCAUCAAGGAGGCCAUGUGCUUCCUCAUGGAUCCCCAGCUGGGGAAGAAGCUCUGCUUCGUCCAGUUCCCCCAGAGGUUCGACGGCAUCGACCCCAACGAUCGAUACGCCAACCGCAACGUCGUCUUCUUCGACGUAAGGGAUACGCCCUCCAUCACCGCUGUGAUGUGAUACGAAGGCCUCAAAGGUGGGUUCUUCGCGAUCUUAAUUGAUUACAGACCCGUGUUGUUGUCGUGCAGAUCAACAUGAGAGGCCUCGAUGGGAUCCAAGGGCCGGUGUACGUCGGAACAGGCUGCGUCUUCAACCGGCAGGCCCUGUACGGCUAUGAUCCGCCGGCGUCGAGCAAGAAGAGGUUAAAGAUGACUUGCGACUGCUGGGCAUCCUGCUGCGGGAGGUGGUGCUGCUGCUGCCCCGGGGCCUCGAGGAAGUCAAAGCCAAGUCAUAGAGAGAGAGGCGGUUUCCUUCGAGGCAACAAACACAAGAAGAUGGAGAAGGAGACUCGGCGAAGGAAAGGGUCCCCCGCCCUGGUGCUCGAUCUCGAAGAGAUCGAAGAGGGGAUCGAGGGGGAAGAGGUCUCAGAGAGGUCGUCUCUCAUGUCGCGGAAGGGCUUCGAGAAGAAAUUCGGGCAGUCGCCGGCGUUCAUCACUUCGACGUUGAUGGAGGGCGGAGGAAUCCCACCGGGCGGCGCAGACUCGUCGGCCCUGAUCAAGGAGGCCAUUCACGUCAUCAGCUGCGGCUACGAGGAGCGAACCGAGUGGGGCAAGGAGGUGGGUGACGGGCCCUUUCAAUGGCUGCGGCACGUCGAUGCCUCCGCUCUCCUUUCUGAUCUUCCCUUCUCUUCUCCUCGUCCCGCAGAUCGGGUGGAUAUACGGCUCGGUGACGGAGGACAUUUUGACGGGGUUCAAGAUGCACUGCAGAGGCUGGAAGUCGGCGUACUGCAUGCCGGCGAGGGCGGCCUUCAAGGGGUCGGCGCCGAUAAACCUCUCCGACCGUCUGCACCAGGUCCUGCGAUGGGCGCUGGGCUCAGUCGAGAUUUUCCUCAGCUGCCACUGCCCUCUCUGGUACGGCUACGGCGGCAGGCUCAAGUGGCUCGAGAGGCUCGCUUACACCAACACCAUUGUCUACCCCUUCACCUCCGUGCCGCUCCUCGCCUACUGCACCGUCCCCGCCGUCUGCCUCCUCACCGGAAAGUUCAUCAUCCCCUCGGUGAGUCUCCUCCUUUGCAAUAGAGUAACUCCCACCUCCAUUGUCUCGUCUCACGUGGGGCACAGCUGACGGGUCUGGGGAGCGUCUGGUUCGUCGCCCUCUUCCUCUGCAUCGUUGCCACCGGCGUGCUGGAGCUACGGUGGAGUGGGGUGAGCAUUCAGGACUGGUGGCGGAACGAGCAGUUCUGGGUCAUCGGCGGCGUCUCCGCCCACCUCUUCGCCGUCUUCCAGGGCCUCCUCAAGGUCCUCGCCGGCGUUGACACCAGCUUCACCGUCACCUCGAAGGCCACCGACGACUCCGAUUUUGGCGAGCUCUACCUCCUGAAGUGGAGCACCCUCCUCAUCCCUCCGACCACCCUCCUCAUCCUCAACAUCAUCGGCCUCGCCGCCGGCCUGUCGGAGGCCGUCAAUAACGGCUACUCCUCCUGGGGGCCGCUCUUCGGGAAGCUCUUCUUCGCCUCCUGGGUCAUCGUCCACCUCUAUCCCUUCCUCAAGGGCCUCCUUGGAAGGCAGAACCGAACACCGACGGUGGUGGUGCUCUGGUCCAUCCUCCUCGCCUCCGUCCUCUCUCUGGUGUGGGUCCGGAUCGACCCCUUCCUCCCCAAGCAGCAGGGCCCAAUUCUCAAGCAAUGCGGAGUCGAGUGCUGA